AUGACCACGAAAUACACGUACGAGGUUGGCGGAAGCUCGAAUUUCUCGUACCCGGUUUUGUCCAGCAAAACUAGCGGUGGCCAUAGAAAGAGUAGGUUGAAGAUGCCAACGAAGCCAAAGAAAAGUCUCAUGUCGAUUCUGCUAAUAUUACCCAAAACGACGUAUUGUUUGGUUUCGGUUGGCGAUGGGUCAUCGUUGCGGGUGACAAGGACAACGCCGACAAACGACAUCACGAUAGAGGCCAGCUUCGUCUUAUUAAUGUGCUCGACCAGGAACAGAGCACCCACUAUCAUGGUGAAAAAGGACGACGUCGAUGAGAGGAUGGUCUGGGACGACACAGAGGUGUAUAGUAACGAUGCGUUUGUGACUAGAUUAGAUAGGAACCACAGGGUGCAGAACCAGAAUGCCAAUUGGAUAGUCUCUUUGGCAGUUAGCGGUGGAUAUUCUGCGUCGAGAUCGAAUUCCAUAUGGUUUGACAAGUGGUAG